CGUUCUUUACGUUUUUACGUCAACGUAACGGAUCUAUGACAAAGCGAGCCGUGAGGUAGUGGUCCCCGAAACAUGUCCCUUCUCCCCCGGGCUGUCAUGCUGAAUGUGACCGGGGAUGGGAAUCUCCCUGCCGCUUGAAUCAGCUCUUCGCAUCUCUCCAGCAGGUCCCCCGGAGCUCUAGAGCAAACAGAGGCUGUCGGCUCUUUAUCUAUCCGAGAGAAGAUGGCGGAGUUCUCGCCCGUCCUGCCGAUGCGGGAUGGAGGAGGACGGUUGGGCCAGCCCAUCUUCCCUCGGUCCAGGUCCGGGUCCGAGUCAGAGAGCGAACUGUCCCAGAGCCUGGCCAGAACCAAGAUCCGGUCCUACGGCAGCACAGCGAGCGUCACGGCCUCUCUUGGGGAGAAAUACAUAGAGCAUCGGGUUACAGACAGUGACACCCUGCAGGGGAUUGCUCUCAAAUACGGAGUCACGAUGGAGCAGGUGAAGAGAGCCAAUAAGCUGUUCAGCAAUGACUGCAUUUUUCUAAAGAACAGCCUCAACAUCCCCGUGCUGUCGGAGAGGCGCUUCAUUUUCAACGGACUGUCUCUGGAGUCUCCUGAUGGGGACGCUGAAGCAGCAUGCCAGGAGGCAGAUUCACCCUGUGUUGUGACGCAGGACAUCGAGGGACCCACGCCUCCCCCUUCCCCUCCCCCUGAGGACUCCAAACCCCCCCAGCCUGAGGAGCUGUCAGCAAAAGACUUCUUACACAGACUGGACUUGCAAAUAAAACAGUCAAAGCAGGCAGCUCGCAGGCUGAAAGAAGAGGAAGUAAGGAACAACGAGGAGGACUACACGGCCCCCACAACGUCAUACCAGGAAAUAUAAAGGACCCGUCUCAGACUUAUACAUGCUCACACACAAAAACACUACCACAACCUCAACGCUUAAUUCCUCUUUUAUGUUUUGCUUUUACCAAACCCUCAUUCAACAAGCGUCCUGUUUGCCUUUUAUUUAUUGAUAUGCAACGACAAUGUCUAUGAUUGUUAUUGUUUUGUACAGUUUGACCUGGAGACUUAGCAGUGAGAGGGGAGCACCUCGUAUAAAUAGCAUCAGAGCACACGCCCCCGCCCACUCCUCAUAUGCUACUGAAGCUGCUGUACAGAACCCACCUGCUGCACGUUUACACACGCACACAAACAGGCACAACGCAUUAGGCAACUCCAGGAGGAUUAGCUUGUUAGACUUGCUAACCGCCUCUGAUGUUCUAAAUCCCCUCCUAGAAUAGUGUCAUUGGAAAGUGUAUUCAGGCCUUCCUCAUCAGUGUUUACCCAGUACGAGCUCACCACAAACAGAAGCAGUGGAUGGACUUGCGCCUUUGAACACGUCCCGUUUGCCUCAUUGAAGCUGUUUUUCUUCGGAAUCAGAAGGGAGUGCUCUAUUUUUUGAGGUGUGAAUGCAUUAUUUAUGUGUGCGGAGAACUGUCUGUAACAGCUGUUUUAUUGUGCUUUAAAAUGAUAUUGUUUUAUCUGGGAGAUUAAAUGUGUAUUUAAACCUA